CUCCAGACGUUACUCGACUACGUUAUCUGGUAUCCUCUUUGCAAACGGCCCGUUCCAUCGCAAUACUCAACAGCUACAGCACCAUCCCAGCGAGAUUCCCUUUCUCUGCCUCGGUCGAUUGCGCAAAGUGGACAUCAUUGCAGACGCCUCCUCAUAACGCAUCCUUGCCCUCGCGAAUAUGAACGGGUAUGGAGCCUCGUCGUCCUUCACAGCGCCUCAGCAACCAAAGGUGACAGUGAGGAGCAUCACACAGAAUGAAGCAGACUUGGUGUUAGACUCGGUGGAUCUCAGUUUCGCUAAUUCGCUGAGGAGAGUGAUGAUAGCAGACAUACCCACUGUCGCCAUUGAUAUGGUUGAGAUUCAGCAAAACACAACAGCGCUACCAGACGAGUUCCUCUCUCAUAGGCUGGGUAUGAUCCCGCUGAUCUCGACAAAUUGCGAUAAUGUCCUCGUCGACCAUCGCGAAUGUUCGUGCGAGGAUGGAUGCGACCGAUGCAGUAUCGAGCUCUCGUUGCACGCCAGGUGUACAACAGGUGGUAGCAUGGAGGUCACGAGUAAGAGUCUGAUCAGGAGUGCAGGGCUAGGAGAGCCAUGGGGAGGCGAUCCAGAGAUGGCAUCGAUGGGACCGAGACCGAGGGAAGCUAAACGGGAGGACUUUGGCAGAGUGGUCGGCUAUGACUCAUCAGCAGAUGGUAUCAUGAUCGUGAAGAUGAAGAAGGGACAAGAACUGAAGGUUCGAUGCAUUGCUCGCAAGGGGUUUGCAAAAGAGCAUGCCAAGUGGUCGCCCGUCUCGACCAUUGGCUUCGAGUACGAUCCCCGUAAUCGCCUGCGACACACGGCUCUAUGGCACGAAGGUGACCCAAAGAGAGAAUGGCCUUUGUCAAAGAAUGCGGUGGAGGAGCCCGAGGUGAGGGAAGACGAGCCAUUCGACUUUACAGCCAAGCCGACACGAUACUACAUCGAAGUGGAGACAACGGGUGUGAUGACUGCUACAGAGGUGAUCUUGUCGGUGAGUAGCAGGUAGACAGGGCGAUGGGGAUACUGUGGUGGAUUAAAGGGUCGGCCGUCGAGUCUACUGCGAGUGUGAGUCUGAACUAUGCCUUCCUAUCCAUGCCAGGGUCUUCGCAUUCUCGAGACUCGGACAGCCCAGAUUAUCCAAGAGUUGGGCUUCAUGCUGGACGAUGCACCGGCGCCUCAAGAUGGGGCUCAACAAAAUGGGUAUUAUGACGGACAAGCUAAUGGUGUGAA